AUGGCUAUCUCCACCGGUUCCACUUUCCCAUCAGGCAUUGAGUUCUCCUACGUUCCAAUUGACUUGGAUCAAGUCUCUGCAGAUGACGCUUUGGCCUGCUCUAAACCACUUCCAUUGGCUUUGGACAAAUUGCUCGAGAAGAACGCUGGUGGCAACGUUUUGUUCGUUUCCGUUCCAGGUGCUUUCACUCCAACCUGUACCGAGAACCACAUCCCACCAUACUUGGACAACUUGGCCUCUUUGAAGAAGGAGAAGAACAUCUCUACCGUGGUCAUUUUGUCUGCCAACGAUGCCUUCGUCCAAAACGCAUGGGGUAAGUUGUUGUUGAAGAACGCUAAGUUGGGCGCUGUUGAUCAAUUGCCUAAGGUUAUCUUCGCUUCCGACCCUAACGCCAAGUUCUCCGUUGACAAUGGUAUCUCUUUGGACUUGACUGGUAUGGGACUUGGUGUCAGAACUGGCAGAUACGCUUUCGUUGUCAAUGCUGACUCCAGAAACGUUUCUUACUACGGCGUCGAGCUGGGCAGCGGCGUCACUGUCAGUGGUUUGGAGGCUGUUCAAGCCGCCAAGUUGUAG